AUGCCCGGUGCAGGGCGCGAUGCAUCACAUCCAGGGACAACGAGUUCUGCUUCGAGCCGCCUCUCUCAUGCGGGUUGCGCAACGGAGGGAUCCCGCCAGGCCCCAUGUACCUCGAGUGCUGCUCACCGUGUGAUGGGCGACCACCUGGAGGCGUUCGGUCGUCGAGCUCUUCAGGCUUUUUGCACCCCGGCAGCGUUCUGGACGAGCCACCGCAGUCAGACGCGGCGUUGCGAGCGACCGCGCCCACAACGUUGCCUUCGACGGUGCCAGAGGCGCGAGCAGCAGUGGUGCCGUGUUUCCCCGGGAAGGUGUCUCCGGCUCGAGUUGGCUCAGAGGGAAACCGUAGAAAAACGGAAUGAAUCGUCUUUAGCACGUGUUGUAUUCCGAUAUUUUGAUCAGUGGAACAAGCGGGAAAUCGCGGGUAUCAUUCCGCUCUUUGCUCCGGACGUGUUCUAUGAGGACGCGCUUUAUCCCAGAGCGCUUCACGGGCGAGAAGCGCUUGCUGAGCACCUCACUAAAGUAGCUCGUGUCUUACCACCUCAACUAGAGUUUGUAAUCGAUGACGUUUGCGAGGAUCUCGAACGCGGCAAAUGUGCCGUUCGGUUCCACCUCGAAGAUCGUCGUACGGGGAAGCAGGUUCCCUUUUCGCGCGGGACUUCGUUUUUCACCGCAAAAAGAGCUCCGGACGCUCCUGAAGGCUGGUUGCUGACCUCGGGAUGGGAUCUGCCGGAACCCCUCAUCAAGGCAGGGAACGUUCUGCUCGCCAUGGCUGGUAUUGCUGCGCGUAUUCUCGGGCUCUUUCGGCGGAGAACCUGA